CCACCAACAAAAACAUUCACAAAACAACCUUUGAUCUUUGGCCAAAUGGCUGCCGAACCAAACUAUUGCUUCACAAACACGUACGAGGAUGUUCUAGCUUCAUCUCUCCAAUCAACAACAAAUGACUCUAUGAUCAUGUUCAACCUCUCCAUCCUUAAAGAAAAAGCUCAACAUGUUCACUCCACAGCCUCCAUGUUCUUCACCCAAUCACAAACUCAAUCAAUGGAGAACAUUGCGAAUUUGCUCCAAGAAAUUAUUGUGAUCGCAUCUAACAUCAUGUUCACUUGCCAAAACUUUGGUCCCGGGGUUAACCACGCUAAUACCACCAACGACCAUGACAAUACGCUUGAGUUUGACCAGUUGACUCAGUCAAACAUGAUGUUUGACUGGUCAGGUGGUGGUGGCGGUGGCGAUGGUGGUGGUGGUGGUGGUGUUGAGAAUAGUUUUGUUAGCGUAAUGUGCAACACAAGAAACAAAGAUAGUGGUUUUGAGGAGCGAAAACAAUUUAAGAUUGAAAGAGAUAGACAUAAGGAAAUAGGGUCAGGGUCAGGGUCAGGGUCCGGGCCAGGACAAAGAUUGUCUCCAAGAAGUUAUGACAUCAUAGAAAUGGAUGCGGCCGAUUUGCUAGCAAAAUACACACACUAUUGUCAAGUAUGUGGUAAAGGGUUCAAGCGUGACGCAAACCUCAGGAUGCACAUGAGGGCCCAUGGGGACGAAUACAAGUCUAGCGCGGCUCUAGCCAAUCCCACUUCAUCAAAUGGUAGUACAUCGACAAAAUUGGCUAGAAAGUAUUCGUGCCCUCAAGAAGGGUGUAGGUGGAACCGUAAACACGCAAAAUUUCAACCAUUGAAGUCAAUGAUUUGCAUGAAGAAUCACUACAAAAGGAGUCAUUGUCCAAAGAUGUACUCGUGCAAAAGGUGUCAUCAAAAGCAGUUUUCUGUGCUUUCGGAUUUGCGGACCCACGAGAAGCACUGUGGGGACGUGAAAUGGCGGUGCUCGUGUGGCACAACAUUUUCGAGGAAAGAUAAACUUAUGGGUCACGUUGGCUUGUUCAUCGGGCAUACACCGCUUAUUGAUGAGGGUUCUUUGAUCAAAUAACCAAUGAAAUUAGGAAGGUGAGUUUGUUUUUGUAACUUUUUUGAAUGGUCAAUAUGUAAUUAUUAUAGAAGGAUGAUUUGUAUACAACAAAAGUUAUUGGACACAUCAUAUAGAAUAGUCGCAUAGAACCCACGACAUGUGUUAGUUAUAUGUGCUAAAUAACUUUGUUGUAUGCGACUCACCUACGUUUGUGAUAUAAUCUAUGAACAAGUAAGCUCCAUCGUUUUUUAUUGAUUC